AUGACUUCCUUAAACCACACUCGUGUUAGCCACACAGCCUUCCACUUGCUGGGCAUCCCUGGCCUCGAGGACAAGCACAUAUGGAUUUCUAUCCCCUUCCUCAUUUCCUAUGUCAUCACCCUGCUUGGGAACAGCCUGCUCAUCUGCAUCAUCCUCACAAAGCGCAUCCUCCAUGAGCCCAUGUACCUCUUCCUCUGCAUGCUGGCAGGAGCAGACAUUGUCCUCUCCACGUGCACAGUGCCUCAGGCCCUGGCCAUCUUCUGGUUCCAUGCUGGGGAGAUCUCCCUGGGUCGCUGCAUUGCUCAGGUCUUUGUCCUGACUUCCACAUUCAUGUCUGAGUCAGGGAUCUUGCUGGUGAUGGCAUUUGACCGCUACAUUGCCAUAUGCUACCCACUGAGAUACACCACUAUGCUUACACAUGCACUGAUUGGGAAAAUUGGUCUGACUGUCUUUCUGAGAAGUUCUGUUAUGGUGUUUCCCAUAAUAUUUCUUCUGAAAAGACUGACUUUUUGCAGAAGUAAUGCUCUUCCUCACACUGCUUGUGAACACAUUGGCUUGGCCAAAUUUUCCUGCGAUGACAUACGAGUGAACAUCUGGUAUGGGCUUUUUCUCCUAAUGUCAACAGUGAUUUUAGAUGUUGUGCUAAUUUUUGUGUCAUAUAUGCUUAUCCUCCAUGCCAUCUUUCGUAUCCCUUCCAGAGAUGCUCGCCACAAAGCCCUCAACACAUGUGGCUCCCAUGUGUGUGUCAUCCUCCUCUUUUAUGGGCCUGGGAUCUUCUCAGUGCUCACUCAGCGGUUUGGACGCCACAUCCCACCCCAUAUCCACAUCCUGUUGGCCAAUGUCUGCACUCUGGCUCCUCCUGUGCUGAACCCCAUCAUUUAUGGGAUCAAGACCAAACAGAUCCGGGACCAGGUGGCUCUUGUCUUGUUCCCAAAAGACAUAUGA